AGGUGGUUGCAGCAGCAGCAGCAGGUCGGAGGAAUGUGAAGGGCCUCACCUCUGCGGAACAAAAAAACAUGGAAAUACGACUUUAUUAUUACAACCCACAGAGGAUUUAAUGUCUGAUUUAACACUUCAGCGAUGAGGAGGAGUGAUCUCUGCACACAGGAGCUGAUCUGUAGUUUCUGACACUUUGGAUUACUUCACAGGUGUUACUGUUUUUUUACCUGAGGCUGCGGAUUAGACUAUAUAUCAUUUACAUUUUUCUGCAGGUAUUUUUUAUUCAUUUGGGAGAGUCUGUCGUCUUUAGGAGUUCAUCAUGCCGGAUCUAAUCAGUGUUACAGAGUUUAUUUCAGAGACUAAUGAAGACUACAAAGCUCCAACCACUUCCAGCUUCACCACUCGGAUGUCCCACUGCAGGAACACAGUGGCAGCUCUGGAGGAGGCUUUGGACUUGGACCGAUCGGUUCUACAUAAGAUCAAGAAGUCGGUGAAGUCCAUCAACACGUCUGGUCUGGCUCACGUGGAGCACGAGGACCAGUACAUCCAGUCCAUGGAGAAGUUCGGGGACAACUGCGUGGGCCGAGACGACGCCGACGUCGGCACCGCCUUCAUCAAGUUCGCCGUCUUCACCAGAGAGCUGGCGGCGCUCUUCAAAAACCUGUUGCAGAACAUGAACAACAUCAUCACUUUCCCCCUGGACAGUCUGCUGAAGGGAGACCUGAAAGGAGUGAAAGGGGAUCUGAAGAAGCCGUUCGACAAAGCCUGGAAGGAUUACGAGACCAAGCUCGCAAAGAUCGAGAAGGAGAAGCGGGAACACGCCAAGCAGCACGGGAUGAUUCGCACCGAGUUCAGCGGAGGAGAGAUCGCCGAGGAGAUGGAGAAGGAGAGACGACUCUUCCAGCUGCAGAUGUGUGAGUAUCUCCUCAAAGUUAACGAGAUCAAACAGAAGAAAGGCAUCGACUUCCUCCAGAACCUCAUCAAGUAUUUCCACGCUCAGUGCAAUUUUUUCCAGGACGGACUGAAAGCCGUCGAGAGUCUGAAACCCUCCGUAGAGAAACUGGCCACGGACCUGACCGCGAUUAAACAGACGCAGGACGGAGAGAGGAAACAGCUGGUUCAGCUCCGAGACGUGCUGAAGACUUCGCUGCAGUCUGAGCAGAAAGACGAUACUCAGGCGAAGCCGAGUGCAGGUUACAGCCUCCAUCAGCUGCAGGGCAACAAGGCUCACGGCACCGAGCGCUCCGGGGUCCUUUACAAGAGAAGUGAAGGACUGAGGAGGGUUUGGCAGAAGAGGAAAUGCUCGGUGAAGAACGGUUUAUUGACUAUCUGCCACGGCACGGCUAACAGACCUCCUGCCAAACUCAACCUGCUCACCUGCCAGGUGAAGAGAAGCCCGGACGAGAAGAAGAGCUUCGAUCUGUUCUCACAUGACAGAACUUAUCAUUUCCAAGCUGAGGAUGAAAACGAGUGUCAGAUCUGGAUGUCGGUGCUGCAGAACAGUAAGGAGGAGGCGUUGAACAUGGCGUUUAAAGGAGACCAGGACGAAGGAGAGAACAACAUCGUGCAGGAGCUGACCAAAGCCAUCGUAGGAGAGGUGAAGAGGAUGAGCGGCAACGACGGCUGCUGUGACUGUGGAGCUGCUGCUCCCACCUGGCUGUCCACUAACCUCGGCGUGCUGAUCUGCAUCGAGUGCUCGGGGAUCCACAGAGAGAUGGGAGUCCACUACUCCAGGAUCCAGAGUCUGGACCUGGACGUCCUGGGAACCUCCGAGCUGCUGUUGGCUAAGAACGUCGGAAAUGCCAGCUUCAAUGAUAUCAUGGAGGCCGAUCUGUCAGCGCAGAGCGUAACCAAACCUAACCCGAGCAGUGACAUGCAGAUGAGGAAGGACUACAUCACGGCGAAGUACACGGAGAGGCGCUUCGCCCAGCGGCGGUGUGCUGACGCUGCGUCCAGGCUGAAGAGUCUGUACGAAGCCGUCACGAGCAGAAACAUCGUGUCUCUCAUCCAGGUCUACGCUGAGGGGGCGGACCUGAUGGAGGCUAUCCCACAACCCAACGAACAUGAACCUGGAGAGACGGCGCUCCACCUGGCGGUCCGUAUGGUCGACAGGAACUCCCUCCACAUCGUCGACUUCCUCGCCCAAAACAGUGGGAAUCUGAACAAUCAGACGGCCAGAGGAAGCACAGCGCUGCACUACUGCUGUCUGACCGACAACAGUGAAUGUCUCAAACUGCUGCUGAGAGGAAAAGCUUCAGUGUCCAUCACGAAUGAAUCCGGAGAGACGCCGCUGGACAUCGCCAAACGUCUCCGCCACACUCAGUGUGAAGAACUGUUGACUCAGGCUCAGACAGGAAAGUUUAACGUCCACGUCCAUGUUGAGUACGAGUGGCGUCUCCAAAAUGAGGAUCUGGAUGAGAGCGAGGACGAGAUGGAGGACAAGCCAAUCCCCAACCGGCGUGAGGAGCGUCCGGUCAGCUGCUUCGUGCCAGGCAGCGGCCCCAUGCAGCCCAACCUGGCAGCGUUGGCCCGGGACGCAGCCAGCAUGGUGAGGGACAAGCAGAGGCCUCAGGUUCCCAGCAUGAUGAUCAACAACGAGACCUACGGCACCGCGAUGGACUUCAACCUGCCGCCGCAGGGACCGACCCCGCCGCUGCCUCCCAGAGUGCCACACAGAGGACAAAGUAAACCUGCUCCCAUAGAAAAUGUAGGAAGACAACGAUCGUCCUCCGACCCUCCGAACCCGCACACCCCCGAGAGAAACGCCUCUAUGUACGUAGCCCCUGCUGCUCCUGCUCCUCCUCCUCCUCCUCCAGCAAACAAGAGGUCCAGCAUGAUGGAGACCAGGUCCGUGUCAGUGAAGAACACCCCCCUCCCUCCUCUGCCUCCUUUUCCAUCAGCAGGACCCCCCUCCAUCCCACCAGUCAUCCCAGUACCUCCCAUCCCACCUUCAACCUCCAUCCCACCACCACCGCCUCACAAAGCUCCGGUCCUGCCCCCGCCGAUCCCCAGCCACCAGCCGAGCAGAAAACCAGCACACAAAUCACCCCCGUCGCCCACAUCGUCCCAAUCACCCACUGGAUUGGAGAAACGUCCUCCAAUAAGACCGCCUGUUAGGACCGGAUCUAUGGACAGAAGGGGUUCUCAGGCCAAAUCCCCGGGUUCGGGUCCUCCGACACCCAAACCCAGAAGCACCUUCCCCAAGCAGAAGUCUCAGAGGGUUAAAGCCAUCUAUAACUGCUCAGCUGAUAAUCCAGAUGAGCUGACGUUCAAGGAGGGAGAGGUGAUCGUGGUGGAGGGAGAGGAGGACAACGAUUGGUGGUUCGGUCACGUCGAAGGAGAUCCGACCAGACGAGGAGUGUUUCCCAUCACCUUCGUUCACUUUAUCACAGAGUGACGUCACACCUGGUCACUUAUCACUUCCUGUUGUCCACCGUCAGGACGCAGACGUCUCCUCUGGAUCAGGACCCCGGCGAAACGAAACACAGACUGCCAACUUCACCUCCUCCGUCUUCACAAACUCAUGUUGUCAUCGUCCAUGUUGUUGCUGUCUGUGAUUUGUUCAAACCUGCAGGACCUUUGGGGGGAAAUACUAGAUGACGCAGAAUAUUUAUGACACUGUGAGACAGAGUGGGGAAACAUUAAAGCUACUGUCGGGGAAAUUUAAAGGAGAGGUUCACAAUUUUUUCCAACUCUUUCUCAAAACAACAGACCGAAAUGAACAUUAAAACCUGUUUUUCUUGCUGUAAUCAUUCCUCCUGUUCAUACUGACUAUUAGAAGAUCGCUUCAUGAUGCGCUUAUAACAAAAUCCACAGUCCUCCUUCUGUGUAAACAUGUAUUUAAAAGUUGAUCUGAAGGUAAUAUGAAGCUUCAGUCGUCCAAAUGAGUCAAAUCAAGUAGAUAUCUAUCAACGUUACAAUCUUUUUAGAGCCAAAUUCCUUCUUUUUGUUAAUAUACUUCCACCACAGCUCAACAGGGAAACAUUUUCAGACAAUUCAGCUAUCAAAUCGGACACAUUGCAGCUUUUUCUUCAGGCCAGAAAUAUUCAAAACUCAUCAUCAACAGAAGAGAUGAAGAGCAGAAAUCUGUGUUGUCUUUUUUUUUUUUUUUUUUUUUUUUUAAUAAAUGGGUUAAUGGUUGAGACUCCAGUCUGGAAACGUGAUUUUUAUGAUAGUUUUUAACAUGAUGGCUGAAGAUGUUUGGCUGUAUAUGUUUAUAUGAGAAAUAAUUUUAACUGGAGGGUAAAAUGUGAACUUUGAUUUUAUUGUAGUCAUGUUGUUGAAAGACAGUGUCAUUAAA